CAAAACCCUAAGUUGAGAGAGCAAUAUUGACAUUUAACCAUUAUUUUAUUACAAAAUGCAUUUUUUUGUGAUCUACAGGGAAGGGAGGUAGUGGGUCAUGAGUGACCUAGUGCAACUCAGAACCAACGAAAAAAAAAAACACAAAUAGGCUAGCUGGAACGGUACUAAUUGGAGAUAGAAGAGUCCUUGUAGUUGACGUGGUCUUUGGUUCAAAAUGGCUGGAAAUACCUCAUCUACAAGUUCAUGUCCUGCAGCCAUGAAGGCUACAUCUAAUGGGCUGUUCCAGGGUGACAACCCUCUUGAUUUUUCCCUGCCACUUGCCAUACUGCAGAUAUGCCUUGUGGUUGCGCUAACUCGAAUUCUUGCUUUUCUUCUAAGGCCUCUUCGGCAGCCUCGUGUGAUUGCAGAGAUUGUUGUGAGUUCCAUUUCCUUCUUAUACUUGUUUUCAAAGUUACAGUUUUCUUUCCUAUAUGCUUAAUUACCAUAUAUAAAUAUUUAGGGUCUGUUUGGUGCAACUUGUUGGAACUUUUGCUUUUUUUACUGUUCAUAAGUGAUAAGUUUAAAUUUUUAUUGAAGGAAAAAUUUUAAAAUUGUUUUUAGAGAUGAAAAAAAGUGAGUAAAAAAGAAGUUUAUGAAAAAUUUAAAUUUGAAGCUUUUGAUCUUUUAUUGUUUAGGGUCUUUUUAAGGUUAGAAAAUGUUUAAAAAUGUAAGUUUUUAAAAAAAAUUUAAACUUAUGAAACAUAAAUAAUAUCCGAAAGCUGAAACACUUGAAAAGUUGCACCAAACGGAUCAGCAAGUUUCUUAACUACUUUAGUCGACUAAUAAACCGCAGUGGGGUAGUCCUUAAAAGUUUGUGUAUGUGUUCUUUGAACGGCAGCGCUUAAAAGUUUGUUGUCUACUUCCCAAUUCCCAUAAAUAUAUGUAAGAUCUUGACCUACAUUUCCUCUCAAGGGCACCCCCCAUUCUCCUUCCUUUUUCAUUUGUAAUGGCAAGGAAUCCUCUUUUUCUUGCCAUUACAUAUUCUACAAUUGUUGCUUAUUAAUUUUUCUUUUUUGGCCUUCAUAAUUGCUUAUUACUUGUGUGGUUUAAAUUUUGAAUACAUACAUUUCUGU